AAAGGCUUGGAAAUCUGCUUCUCCGCAUCCACAGCACCCAGAUAGCCCUUGGGCACCCAGGGGUAGGGGGGAAGUGAGGUGACGCUAUGCACAGCUUCUGUGGGAGCAGGAAGAGGGCCAGGAGCUCCCCAGCACAGCUGGAAGUGGCACCUGGCAGAGCAGCAUUUGCGUCCCACAGUAACUGGAUCUGUGGCCCCGGAGGAAGGAGAGAAGGAAACGCUAGCUGGGAGCGAGCCUGGCUGCAGCGUGCGGAUGUGGGCAGGGAUCCCUGCCUGCUGCCUGGGGCCCAGCAGGUCCUUCCCCCACAGGGACAAGCGGACGUCAAUGGCAUUUCCAUCCCACAUGCAUUGGCCCCACGUCCCCUCUGCCCUGGAAACAGGGUGGAAGGAAGAGAGACACAACCUCCCGGGUCAGCCGGUCCCCUUUGGAUGGAGCCAUGCCUGUGCCCACGUAUAUCCCACCUGUGCCCAGGGCCACAUGUACCCCUGCGGUCCCAGCCAGGCAGCACCUGCUUCCCUUGACAGCUCCCCUCCCUCCGUCCCUGACACACUGCUCCAACUUACAUGACUCUGGAUUUGCUGAAAUCCAACAGCUCUCGCCUGCUGCUGGCCUCAGGGAACGGGUUGGAUUUCCAAGCCCUCUUGGUGGAUGAAGACAGGGCCUGGCUGAUGGUGGGAGCAAAAAACCACAUCUUCCUGCUCCACCUGGACCAUCCCAGCAGAGAGCCUGAGAAGAUUUUCUGGCCAGCCUCCAGGGAGCAGGUUGAGCAUUGCCAGCUGGCGGGGAAGAACGUGGAGACAGAGUGUGCCAACUUCAUCCGCCUCCUCCAGCCCUUCAACCGGAGCCACGUGUUUGCCUGCGGAACCGGCUCCUAUCAGCCCGUCUGCGCCUUCAUCCAGCUGGGAGCCAGGGGCAAGGGUCCUGGGGCUCCCCCCAUGUGGUUGGUGACCCACUCCUUGGAAUCGGGGCGAGGACGGUGCCCAUACAGCCCCCAUGAACCCUUCACAGGGCUCCUCAUUGAUGGGGAGCUGUAUUCUGGCACCUCCAGUGACUUCAUGGGCAGCAGCGCUGCCUUCUUCCGGACCUGGGUCCAUGGGGCGGAGCAGAGCUACAUUCGGACGGAGCAGAACCAGGACCACUGGCUACACGAGCCAGCGUUUGUUGGUGCCUACGCCAUCCCCGACACCUACAACCCCCAUGAUGACAAGGUCUACAUCUUCUUCCGCGAAACAGCCAUGGAAGCUGGGCAGUGGGAGAGGCGGCACAUCCAUGCCAGGGUGGCCCGGGUCUGCAAGAAUGAUGUCGGAGGGAAGCGCAGCCUCAUUAACCGCUGGAGCACAUUCCUCAAGGCUCGCCUGGUGUGCUCCAUCCCCGGGCCCCAGGGCACCGAGACCCACUUUGACCAGCUCGAGGAUGUUUUCCUCCUGCGCACCCGGGACCCUCAGAAUCCCCUCGUCUUUGGACUCUUUACGGUCUCCAGCGGUGUCUUCAGUGGCUCUGCCGUCUGUGUCUACUCCAUGGCUGCUGUGAGAGCUGCCUUCAGUGGCCCCUUUGCACAUAAGGAGGGAUUCGACUACCGCUGGGUAGAAUACAAGGGCCGCGUCCCCUAUCCCCGUCCUGGCACGUGCCCCAGUGAGACGUACGACCCGCUCCUGCAGUCCACCAAGGAUUUCCCUGACGAGGUGAUCAGCUUCAUGCGCACCCACCAGCUGAUGUGGGAGCCUGUGUACCCGCAGGGCCGCCAGCCCGUACUGGUGAGGGCUAACGUGCCCUACCGGCUGCGGCGGCUGCUGGUGCACCGGCUGGAGAUGGAGAGCCAGCACUACGACGUGCUCUUCCUCGGCACAGAUGAAGGUAAAGUCCUGAAGGUGGGGCUGGCCGGUGGGAUAAGCCGUGGCCCCGAGGUGAUCAGCCUGGAGGAGAUCAGCGUCACUAAGGUGCCUUCUCCCAUCCUGGACAUGAAAUUAUCACCGAAGCGGCAGGAGCUGUUUGUGAGCAGCACCCACGGAGUGCUCCAGCUUGCCCUGUACCGCUGCGAGCUCUACGGCAAAACCUGCACCGACUGCUGCCUGGCCAGGGACCCCUACUGCACCUGGGACAGCAAGAGCUGCGCCCCACACCUGCUCACUGAGAAGAGGCGUGCCCGCUGCCAGGACGUGCUGAAGUCUGACCCGCUCAGCCAGUGCCAGGACACCACAGAGGGGACCGCUGCUGUGGAGAAGCUGGUUUUUGGGGUGGAGAAGAACUCAACCUUCCUCGAGUGCCUGACACGCUCCCCACAGACAACCGUCAGGUGGCUGGUGUGGCACGGCGAGGAGACAGGCCUGAGCGAGGUCAGGAACAACGGACACUUCUCGGUGCUGGAGCAAGGGCUGCUGAUCCGGCAGCUGGCGAGGGAGGAUGCGGGCACCUACGAGUGCCAGGCGGUGGAGCGCUCCUUCUCCCGGCCCCUCACCCGAUACAGCCUCCGCAUCAUCAGGCACGAGGCCAUGGAGGUGCCACCUUACAAACGGAGCAAGGGGGCCGAGCUAGGAGGGACCCACCAGAGCCCCCGGCCCCGGACUGACCUGCACCCAGGUUACAAGGGCUUCUCGCGGGCCCUGGGAGCGCCAGGCACCAGCCUGGAUAUCUACUGCAAUGCCCUGCGGCACCAGGAAAGGCAGCGGCAGAAAGCCUGGCACCCGAAGUGGCAGCACCCGUCCCCAGACAGCAAGAACGGCCGGGUGCGGAGGCACCCCCAGCCCCUGUGAGGGGGCAGGGGGGGCCGGGGCCACCCGCAGCUCACAGAGACCCUUCGAGUCUCUCCAGGGCCCUUCUCGCACGUGGGCAGCUCCGAGGAACCUCUUGGCUUCCCAUGUGGAAACGCGCCACUGUUACUACCUCAAACCCUGCCUGUCCCCGGUCCCCACUGCCUCACCGUGUGCCCCACAGGGCACGCCGGGGGCAGGGCACACAGCCUGCGCCCGCUCUCCGAGACUUCGAGCUAUUUACACCCUGCAGAAUAUUUAUUCUCCUUGUUUUCCCCUGGCCCUUAAUGACGAUUGUUAUCAGCAGCGAUGAUCAGUGCGGAGGACAGAGAAGGGAAACGGCCAGCUCUGACAAAGGGCUCCCUGACACCCGGCAGCGUCCAGCCCUGCCAUGGGCGCCCGUGGCUCCUCGCCGCGGCCGCGUGUGCCCUGGUGGGUGCUCGCCCAGGUGGCUGCAGAGGUGCCCCCAGAGCCCAAACACCGGCGGAGGCAGCGGGGCACAGCUGCUGGCUGAGCCUGGGCUCCGGCUCUGUGGCACCUGGGGUUUGCAGAGGUGCCCAUGCCCAGCCCAGCUCUGAUCCACUUCAAACCACACCACUUUUUUAAAUUUUGACAUUUAUUUUACAAAAAAAAAAAAAAAGAGAGAGAAACAACAGGCAGUUAUACCAACUUACAAUUUAUUAUUUUUUAAAAAAAUGACAUGAAACACAAGUAAAAAUAAAUACAUCAUAUAAACAACA